AUGUGGAAAUCUCCUACAAAAAUAACUGACUUCGAACAAGGUUCAGAAUGUCCACCCCUCUGUCAAUUUGACCGGCAGGCUAUCUAUGCCCAGAUCCCUGAGAAGAAAGUGAAGUUUACCAGUAAGGAGAACGAGGGCAGCGAUGACAGCGGUCAGUGCAUCAAGGAAAAAGUGGCAGCCCAGAUCCUGAAGAUGGCCAAGUGCACUGUGUCCUGUGACAAAGACAAGGUGUAUGUGAAGCCUAAAAGCCUUACACUGGACCCCUCUGUCAAGUUUGAGUAUUCAACAUGGUUAAGCAGAGAAGAAAAUAUAAUUUUUGUCUACUAUGUGGCAGAGAGUCUGGCCCUGAAAAGGAAGUACAGUGUGGAUGUCGACUGUGAAGUGAACGUGAACGUUGGCCUCGUUUACAGUUACCAGCUGAAGAAGUUUUUGACGUUCUGCGGCACUCCGAAGCGCACCAUCCUCCUGAACCAUAUAGAAGACAUCCUGGAUGAGGAGGACCUGCGGGACUACCUGGAGAUUCACUUCCAGAAUCCCAGCAACUACGGUGGGGAGCUGGAGUGCAUCAAGCACGUCUCCAGGGGCAAGCAGGUGAAAGCCUUCUUCACUGAGGAUGCCGCUGAGGUGGAGGCCUAA